AAUUUUAAACAGACAACAUCAUGUGACUUUGCAAACUGCUAACGUGCCAUGUGAAUUCCAUUUCUGUCUUGAAAAGCUGUCUCAGCAACUUCCUGUGUGUCCUCUCCUGCCCCCCAACUUAUACCCCACCCACUCCAAUACAUUCACUCCCACUCUCUGAUCUAUAGCUCCUGCCCUGAAAUUUCAACAACCCACCACAGGUUUCUAGCCCCUCUCUGACUGCUCAUCCGGGAAUCAUAGUCUGUGACUAAACAAUCACAUGAUUCUGUUAGCAGGUCUCAAGCAAGCAUGAGUGUUUUAUGAAGAGAAGUUCUGAUUUUUACACCAGAACAAGAACACAUCUCACCCUGACAUUCAGUGUUGCACCGAUGGGACCCCUCCUACUCUGCCUGCUCAUCUUGGUGUCUGUGUAUGGGCAGGCUUGCAGCAAAUCUUUUUCCAUUGACUACAAUAAAAAUUGUUUCCGGAAGGAUGGCCAAUGUUUUCGCUACAUUUCUGGGAGCAUUCACUACUUCCGAAUCCCAGCUGACUACUGGAGGGACCGGCUCCUUAAGAUGUACAUGACGGGAUUAAAUGCUGUUCAAGUGUACAUUCCCUGGAAUUUCCACGAGCCGCUGCCUGGGUUGUACGACUUCAAUGGAGACCGAGAUCUCAGUCGUUUUCUGGACCUGACAGAUGAACUUGGGCUUCUUGUUAUCAUCAGACCUGGACCCUAUAUCUGUGCAGAAUGGGAUAUGGGUGGGCUUCCAGCCUGGCUUCUAAAUAAUAAGGAUAUUGCACUGCGAACUUCAGACCCGGAUUAUCUGAAUGCUGUUGAUUCCUGGUUCUCUGUCCUCCUCCCAAAGCUUCGCUCGCGCUUGUACAGCAAUGGAGGAAACAUAAUAAGCGUGCAGGUAGAGAAUGAAUAUGGCAGCUUCAUGGCCUGUGAUUACAGCUACCUUCGGCACCUCCUCCACUUGUUUCGUCUAUACUUAGGAGAUGAGGUUGUGCUUUUCACCACUGAUGGGAAUACGGAAAGGGAACUCCAGUGUGGAAGUCUGCAGGAUUUGUACACAACUGUGGAUUUUGGUCCAGGGGACAAUGCAACAAAAGCUUUCAAACUCCUUCGCAAGUAUCAACCAAAGGGACCUCUGGUUAACUCAGAAUAUUACACGGGGUGGCUGGACUACUGGGGGGAGAAGCACUCAACAACCAGCAAAGAAUUAGUGAGUCAGGGCCUGAAGAACAUUCUGGAGAUGGGAGCCAGCGUCAAUAUGUACAUGUUUGAAGGUGGCACCAACUUUGGCUACUGGAAUGGAGCAGACUUUAAGAAAAUAUACAAACCUAUCACAACAAGCUAUGAUUACGAUGCACCCCUAUCAGAGGCCGGCGACCCUACAGAAAAAUUAAAUGCCAUACGCAAUGUCAUCAGUCAGUUUCAGCCAGUGCCACAGGGGCCAGUACCUCCUCCGACUCAGAAAAUUGAUUACGGCUUUGUUUCUUUGAACAAGGUUGGGAGUCUCCUUGAUUACCUGGAUGUUUUUUCUCCAGAAUUUCCCACUGAAACGCGAUAUCCCAUAACCUUUGAAGAUCUAAAACAGUAUUUUGGAUUUGUUCUGUACCGGACACAGCUUCCCAGGGAUGUACCCAUCACCACUCCUCUCUCGUCUGUUUCCAAUGGAGUACACGAUAGAGCAUACAUCUCUGUUGACGGGUUAUUUAAUGGAGUGCUGGAGAGAGACAGAGUGUCAAAGAUCUUAGUGGCUGGCAAAGCUGGAGACUGGUUGGAUGUUCUGGUGGAAAACAUGGGACGGAUCAACUUUGGGUCCUGUGUAAAUGACUUAAAGGGCCUGGUCUCCAACUUGACUCUGGGAGUGGACAUACUUACAGACUGGCUGGUAUAUCCUCUGAAUUUGGAAGGUCCCAUAUCAGAGGGAUGGCCACAAAUGGGAAAUAACUUUAUCUUUUCAAACACAGAAGCCAACACGGGCCCUUCUUUUUAUAGUGGCACAUUCCAAAUCACUACACAAGGAGACACAUUUCUAAGCCUGCCACAGUGGACAAAGGGUCAGGUGUGGAUAAAUGGAUUUAAUGUAGGUAGGUACUGGCCAGCCAGAGGCCCUCAGAUCACACUGUAUGUUCCAGGAAACAUCUUGAGGCUUGGUGAAAAUACAGUCACCCUACUGGAACUGGAGCAAGCCCCAGAACUGUCCAUGGUGCGCUUUAUAGACAGACCUGUUUUAGGCUAACCAUUGUGUACAAAGUAAGGACUGUAUCCACUUCAGAAAGAAGAGUGGUUAAAGAUAAAUAAUGAGCUAUACCUA